AAUUCAGUCCCGGAGGCGUGGCCGAUGCCGGAUGACCUCUUGUAGCCUACAGCUACGUGAGGGGAUCGUUUCUAAUUGCGCUGUACGAAGAUACCACCGUGAAGGGGGCAGAGAAUACAUCUAAAUCUCGGUGGGUGUGACGGAUUUCAUGCUCAAUUGGCAGCUGCCGGCUGCGAAGCUGAUGGACCACAGGACGAAACAUGAUUGAUUACUGAUCAUUCCACGACUCUUCACGUGGUGGGUUUAUUUUAUGAUUAAUAAACUCUGAUUCCAGAUGAUACUGUAUAGUUUGAAGUGAUAGCCUAAGGCACCAACACAGCGGGGGUAAGCUUCGGGGCUACCGGAGCAGUGGUCAUCACGUCCGGAGAUGUCUUUUCAGCAAUGCUCCGCCACCUAAGUGGCCAAUAAAACUAUACCGACAUCUCGGAGUAAGCCGAAUCAAUGGACGCUCAACCCUAAGUCCGACUUUGUAUAUCAGGGCCACGAAAACACAGAUUUUAUACUUGAUCCCAACAUUCUCAAACCAACCCAAUUUCAGGUCCACUUUCCCAACUCAGAACAGCUUCAUAUAGUAUCAUCAUGUCUCUCACCUCGCGCAACCCCUUUCAGCUCUCCGGCCGGUACGCCGACCGCAAUCGAUGGGAAGUCCUCAACGGCCCAGGCGACUCCCGCGUCACAGCCGAGGAGAUCGUCCGUGACGAGAACCUCGUGGACGCCUGGAGUGACAAAACCGUUCUCGUCACCGGCGUUUCUUCGGGCAUCGGCGUUGAGACGGUCCGCGUGCUAGCCCUAACCGGUGCAACUGUCUACGGCACCGCGAGGAACCUCGAAAAGGCAAGGGAAGCCCUCGGCGAAGAACUGCUGGGCACAGGCCGCGUUCAUCUUCUCUACAUGGACAAUACCGACUUGUCGAGCGUGAGAUCCUGCGCGGAUGAGUUUCGCAAGCGGAGUCAACAGCUGAAUGUGAUGAUCAACAAUGCGGCCGUGAUGAAUACCCCCGAGGCCAGGACGAAGGAUGGAUUCGAGUUGCAGUUCGGGACGAACCAUCUCGCACACUUUGCGUUCUUCUGGCAUCUCAAGGAUCUGCUCUUGGCGAGCUCAACGCCCCCUUUCCACUCGCGUGUCGUGAACGUCUCCUCGGUCGCGCACCGCUACUCCCCCGUGCCCUUCAAGAACAUCAACUGGGAAGGCAACUACAGCGGCUGGCUCGCAUAUGGCGCAAGCAAAACCGCAAACAUCUAUAUGGCGACGCAGAUUGAGCGGUUGUACGGAUCUCAGGGACUGCACGGGUACAGUCUACACCCUGGCGGCUUCGUUAGUCCCAAUCUCCAAAAGUUUUCGCAGGCGGAGAUGCAUGCAUUGGAGGGAGAUGACCGUGCGCAGCGGUAUUUGACGAAUGUCGCGCAGGCUAGUGCAACAAGUGUCUAUGGGGCUGUUUCGAGUGAAAUUGAGGGAAGGGGUGGGCUUUAUCUUGAGGGUGCGGCGGUGGUCGUGGAGGCUUGCCCGGCGGAUGGGGACGCAGUUGAGUAUGGGUUUGGGAAGUGGACAUUUGAUCAAGAGGCGGAGGAGAAAUUGUGGGAGCUUAGUAAGGGAUGGGCGAAGGUGGAAUAG